UUUUUUUGGCUAAAAUAUAAAACCCUUGCAUUAUUACCAUACAACUGUUCUUUCAGCAUGAACGCAGUUGGGUUGGGCUGCAACUUUCCGAUCAAUCUCCACAGCUACUAAACUGUUGGAAGCCGAAAAUUUGUGGCGAAGCAAAUCUAUCUUCUAUCACCGUUGCUAUUGGAGUUGGCAGCUAAACACUGGUUUACCCAUCAUUUUCCCAUGAUCAUUUCGAAUUAUUAUCCCAACUCCCGCUAACUCAAAGAAUAAACCCAGUUUUUCCAUUGCUGGGUUUUCUCUUUCUUUUUCUUUUUUUGGUCGAAACUGCUUCUCAUUUCUCUUCUAUGUCUUCUUGGUUCUCUAUGCCAACAAAGGGUAGAAUAUUUUGCGCCAGAAUCAAUAUUCAACGAGCUUUGAGUGCAAGAUGUUUGUAGUAAUGCCAAAGAGAAAGGGACUUCUCCUUGUAGAGGUGGCACUUCGUAAUUCUACUUCUAGCUGGUUAAGGUGGGAUAGCUUCAGUAUUGAUAGCAAUGGCAAGUUGUUGUGUCACAAAUGAUGUUUGAGAGCUGCUUGUGGAUAUGCUUCACCCAAAUUGCAAAACAUGGAAAACCACAAUCAGAAGCUAUUGUUUUGAUGCCGGAAGGGUUGAAAGUUUGUCCCUUUUUGUUCAAAAUUUAGGAUCUUUAUUUGGGCGUGAACCCAAUCAUCGAGUACUUGGACCCAUUCUCAAGGCAUGUUCUGCCCUCUCUGCCAUCAGCUUGGGGAAGGCUCUUCAUGGUUAUGUUGUGAAACAGGGCCAUUUUUCCUGUCAGGCUGUAUCCAAAGCAGUGCUUAACAUGUAUGCCAAAUGUGGCAAGCUUGAUGAUUGCAAACAAAUGUUUGACCAGAUGGGCUACUAUGACACUGUCAUAUGGAACAUCAUUCUAUCUGGGUUUUCUGGUUCUCGAAUGCACAAUGACGAAGUAAUGAACUUGUUUUAUGCAAUGUAUACAGUUGGUGAUACGAAGCCCAACCCUAUUACCGUUGCUAUCAUUUUGCCAGUGUGUGCUCGAUUAGGAUUCAUAGAUGCAGGAAAAUGCAUUCAUUCUUAUGUGAUUAAAUCUGGAUUGGAGACAAAUAACCUUGUAGGAAAUUCUCUUGUAUCAAUGUAUGCAAAAUGUGGCCUAGUUUACUACGAUGCGUAUACUGCAUUUAAUAGCAUUAGCCACAAGGAUGCUGUUUCAUGGAAUGCUAUUAUUGCAGGGUUUGCUGAGAAUAGGUUCAUCAAUGAUGCGUUCAAUUUAUUUGGCCGGAUGCUGAAAGGUCCAAUAAAACCCAACUAUGCAACUAUUGCAACUAUUUUGCCUGUUUGUGCUUCUUUAGAUGAAAGUUUUGCCUACCGGUGUGGAAGAGAAAUCCAUUGUUAUGUAAUACACAGGAAUGAAUUGGAAGCAGAUGUUUCUGUGUGCAAUUCUUUAGUAAGCUUCUAUUUAAGACUUGGACAUACAGAACAAGCUGAAUCCUUGUUCGAAAGGAUGAACUCUAGAGACUUGGUUUCGUGGAAUGCUAUUAUUGCAGGGUAUACAUCAAAUAGUGAAUGGUUGAAAGCGUUGGAUUUAUUUCAUAGGUUACUUUCAGUGGAUAAAAUUAUGCCUGAUUCUGUAACUAUUCUCAGCAUUCUUCCUGCUUGUGGAUGCUUACAGAACUUGCUGGUAGGCAAAAGCAUACAUGGGUAUAUUUUUCGACAUCCUAGCUUGUCUGAAGAUGUGGCUGUCGGAAAUGCCAUGAUAAGUUUCUAUGCAAAAUGCAACAAUGUAGAGGCAGCAUCCAAAACAUUUUUUACCAUGUCCAGGACAGAUUUAAUAUCAUGGAAUUCUAUGCUUGAUGCCUUUGCAGAAAGUGGGUAUAAUGCUGAGUUUCUGAACCUAUUAGUAAGGAUGUUUGCUGAAGGAUUAAGGCCCGACUCUGUUACCAUGUUGAUCAUUAUUCAUUUUUGUGCUACAUUUUUGACAGUACACAAGGUUAAGGAAACUCAAGGUUAUUCUAUUAGGGCUGGUUAUUUAUUAGGUGAUAUCGUACCCACCAUUGGAAAUGCAUUACUUGAUGCAUAUGCGAAAUUUGGUGACAUGGAAUAUGCAUACAAGAUUUUUCAAACUUUAUCAGACAAAAAGAACUUGGUCACUUGCAAUUCAAUGAUCUCGGGUUAUGUAAAUUGUGGAGCAUAUGAUGGUGCACGUAUUUUAUUUAACAAGAUGUUUGAAACAGAUCUCACAACUUGGAAUCUGUUGGUUCGUGUUUAUGCUGAAAAUGAUUGUCCUGAUCAAGCUCUUGAUUUCUUCCAGCAGUUAAAAGCUCAAGGAUUGAAGCCUGACGCUGUGACUAUCAUGAGCCUCCUUCCAGUAUGUUCUCAGAUGGCCUCAGUCAAUCUUCUGAAGCAGUGUCAUGGAUAUGUUGUCAGAGCUUGUCUUGAUGAUAUUCAUUUGAAGGGAGCUCUGUUAGAUGUAUAUGCAAAAUGUGGUGCUAUAGCCUGCGCUUAUAAGCUCUUUCAGUCAAGCCCAUACAAGGAUCUGGUUAUGUUCACAGCUAUGGUGGGUGGGUUUGCAAUGCAUGGUAUGGGGAAACAGGCAUUGAGGGUCUUUGCUCAUAUGCUUGAGAUGGGUAUGAAGCCUGAUCAUGUUAUCAUCACUGCUGCUUUAUCUGCUUGCAGUCAUGGUGGCCUUGUGAAUGAAGGGUUGGAGAUAUUUUAUUCAAUAGAAGAGGCUCAUGGGAUGAAUCCAACCAUGGAACAGUAUGCUUGUGUGGUGGAUCUUCUUGCUCGAGGUGGCCAAGUUGAUGAUGCUUUUUCCUUUGUUACAAGGAUGCCAAUUAAACCUAAUCCAAACAUUUGGGGGACAUUGCUAGGUGCCUGUAGGACAUAUCACAAGGUGGAAUUGGGCUGUCUUGUGGCUGAUCACCUGUUUGAAGUUGAAGCUGAUAAUAUUGGCAACUACGUAGUGAUGUCAAACCUAUAUGCGGCAGGGGCUAGAUGGGAUCAGGUUGCAGAAGUAAGAAGACUGAUGAAGACUAGAGAUUUGAAAAAGCCAGCAGGAUGCAGCUGGAUUGAAGUAGAGAGGGAGAAGAACACUUUCAUAGCAGGAGAUUCUUCUCAUCCAAAAAGAGGCAUUAUUUAUAGUAUACUAAGUACAUUGGAUCAACAAAUAAAAGAACCCGUACAGUUAUGACUUGGUCAAUGCUUAUAUUUACAUGGCCUUUGCAAAUUGAUAACUUGCUGCCGGUGCGUUACUUGGAUUAUAAUUUUGGACUUCACUGUCUAAUGGCUAAAAGUUUGAAGACAGAAUGCUUCGAUCAACGAGGACAGAAAUAAAGCAUUGGGUCGAACUCUUCUUUGGUGUCAAGGUAAUAGCUAUGAAUAGUCAUCGACUCCCGGGAAAGGGUAGAAGAAUGGGACCUAUUAUGGGACAUACAAUGCAUUACAGAUAUAUGAUCUGAUUGCUUUGGCAUGUAGAUUUCACCAUUAUCAAUGAGUGGAUCCACUGAAUUGACAAACAUGGUUGAUUUAUUCAUAGUCAGAUCUGUAUUUUUUCAUGCCCAGCAUCUUUGGUCCAAGUAUUGAAUGAUUCCUGUUUCGUCAGUGGUAUUCAUUGUAUGGUAGAUCAAGAUGGAGAUGUGACAGAGUGUCUAGUUCCCUGGUAGCUCGUGCAAAAUAAUUGUAUAUAACAAAAGCCCUGGUCUGGCCUGCUACCAUUUUAAAGUAAAUAAUUGAAGAGAUGGUAAUAAAUACACCAUAUUUGAGUUAUAAGUGUAUUUUAUUUCACUGGGGCCUCAACAACACUAAUAAUCAUCUCGAGGCGGGAUGAUAGAGAGGCUUAUACAAACUGCAAAAAGAGAGAUCAAGAGGCCAGUAAAGUUGAACAAUAAGAGCUUCUUGGCUGCACCCCAAGAAGUAGCCAACUCGAGACAACCCUGUCUCAGCUGUGCAUAUUCCCAAGAGGAAGAUGACCAUGCCCACAAAUUUAUGCAAUGGUUUCUACGUUGGUUUUGUUUAUUUCUCUGCACCUGGGAACUAGUAGGUGAAAAAACUAAACAGCCACUGUGGAAAAGAAGACAAUGAUUUUAAGCAACAGAACAUACUGGAAAUUUAUCUGUAUGUUAUUGAAGCAAAUUACCUGCAAACCAAAUGCACAGAUGGUGACGAUACUCAUCCAGGAAUGUAAAGUAAACAUGUUUUAAAGCCCUAUCUCAUUGUGAAACUUUGAAAGCUGCAUAAGUCCCCAAAACACCAACCACAAGAGCAAUGAAGUGGAAUAGUAAGUGCACUCCUUUCUGAGACCUCUUUCUAGCAUAGACUGUCUGGUAUGCCAUGAUUGCUGCUACAAUGAGACUCAUUUAGAUUGUUAUUAAUAUCGUUCUUCAAUUUUUCUUUAGACAAGAGAGGAGAUCAUAUAUGAAACAACCUUACAAGUUGUAAGUUUUGCUAUAAAAAUAAGAUUUAUUUUUGUAGAGACAGGUUGUGCUAUCAAUGAUACAACUGCAUCAAACCCAGGUUCUAAAUUUGAAAGGAGUGUCUAUUUUUGUGAUUUAAAUUAAAAAAAAAUAAAAAUAAAAUAAAAAUAAAAAUAAAAAAAAAAUAAAAAAAAAAACAAAGAAAGAAAGAAAGAUGAAAAUCAUUAGAAUUAUAUGCAUCUGUAGAAGGGGAAAAUCAUUGAGAAAUAAAGAAAGAUCAGAAAAAGAAAAAUUGUAAUUGCAAAGUGAGGGGUUAUAAGGAAGAGUUUGCGUUUAGAAUUUUCUGCUUCUUGACAGAUUCGAAAGCAAGGCCCGGUCGAAAGUGUAUGAGCCAAAUACGCACAAGGAUUAUCACUGCCAUCACUAACAAAUGAGCAAAAAUGGUAACUGGAGUUGCACUCAGCUGGUAGCUGCGACUUGUUAGUGCCAUUUCGCAUUCUGCCUAGCAGUCACAGGGGAUGACUCUGCGUGGCUUCCAUCACCUUCUGAAGAUUUUGCAUUUGGGUUUCACCAACUUGGUGAUAAUUCCUUCUUGCUUCCAUUUGGUAUCACAAACUAUGUCCAAAAUGACCACGGUUUGGCAUGCAAGUGGAG